GUUUUAUGAGAAGGUCCAGGCGCUGCACCAGGACCCCGAGGCCUCGGUGGACAACCCCUUGCUGGCCUUCAGCCUCAUCAAGCGUCUCCACUCCGACUGGCCCAACGUCAUCUACAGCGACGAGGCCACCGAGAACACCCAGGAACUCCAUGCCGGCUUCAAGGAGGUGGAACAGGAGCUGCCUGGAGCUGAGGACCUGGACGGGGCUGCCCGGGCACUGAUGCGGCUGCAGGACGUCUACGCGCUCAGCGUAAAGGGCAUGGCCAAAGGCGUCUUCGAGCAAGACGGCGCCGGCCGCCCGCCCCUCUACAGACCCGGCAGGCGCAUCUCCCUCUCUGCCGAUGACUGCUUCCACGUGGGCAAGACCGCGGGCGACUCCUCCCCCUCCAUCGCAUGGCUGGGGGAGGCCGCCAGCCUCUUCCGCCUCUCCUACGGCAGCUGGAACCCCGAGGACCGGAGCAGUCUGGAGGAUGCUCUGGACCAUCUUGCCUUCUCCUACUUCAUGGCUGGAAACAUCUCCCAUGCCUUGAGCCUCUCCAGGGAGUUUCUCUACUAUGACCCCAGUAACCAAAGGGUGACGAAGAACGUGGCCAAGUACGAGAAGCUGCUGGAGAUGGGGACGAUGGCGAGUGCCGGACCCCUGCGACGCCCCAACGGCACCCACCUGCAGAGCCGCGACGCCUACGAGGAGCUGUGCCAGCGCCCAUGGGGGCAGCCAGCCCCAGAGCGUCUCCCACACCUCAGCUGCUCCUACGAGACCAACAGCAGCCCCUACCUCCUUCUCCAGCCUGCCAAGAAGGAGAUCGUCUGGAUCCGCCCCUACGUGGCUUUGUACCAUGAUUUCAUCAGCGACGCUGAGGCCGAGACCAUCAAGGGGUUGGCAGGGCCCUGGCUGCAGAGGUCCGUGGUCGCGUCUGGGGAGAAGCAGCAGAAAGCCGAGUACCGGAUAAGCAAGAGUGCCUGGCUGAAGGACACCGCUGACCCCGUGGUGCGGGCGUUGGAGCAGCGCAUCGCUGCCGUCACCGGCCUGGACCUGCGGCCACCCUAUGCCGAGUACCUGCAGGUGGUCAACUAUGGGUUGGGAGGCCACUACGAGCCACACUUCGACCAUGCCACGUCCAGGAAGAGCCCCCUUUACAGAAUGAAGUCGGGCAACAGGAUCGCCACGGUCAUGAUCUACCUGAGCGCGGUGGAGGCCGGCGGCUCCACUGCCUUCAUCUAUGCCAACUUCAGCGUGCCCGUGGUUAAGAACGCAGCUCUCUUCUGGUGGAACCUGCGGAGGAACGGGGACGGUGACGGGGACACGCUGCACGCCGGCUGCCCCGUCCUGGCUGGGGACAAGUGGGUGGCGAAUAAGUGGAUCCACGAGCAUGGGCAGGAAUUUCGGCGGCCGUGCAGUGCCGACCCACCAGACUGA